UCGACCAAACCAACCGAAAAGAUCAAAGGUAAUUUUUAGCUGGUGUGCUCUAAGAUGAGCGGUCUAUCCAAUCUUGGGUCGUGUUUAUGGAAAAUCGAAACAGCAAGUAUUGUUCAUUUAUAUAUGUUGAAGGAAAAACUGGUGAUUUUCAACUUGGCCCAUGAAAAGCGCUGAUUUGAACACGGUGUCAACAGACUCACCGCCAAAUGGCUUGUUUCGACCGCAUAUCAUUGGGUUUUCUUGUACAUUUAUGCCUGUGGCUUUCUCAUCAAGUGGACGGCACCGUUAUUAAUAUUUAUUCAUCGUUGGAGCCGUAUAGUAUUUUAGCUAAUUUAAGUAGACCAGGAUGGACGAAUUAUACGCUUGAAGCGUCGAACACCGACGAACACACAAUUCUUCAAAUUUUGUCUAUUGAUUCAACAAACGGAUUAUUGCGAAUGAUUCGCAAGCCAGACUGCACAUCUCUACAGCUUAAUCCGUUGAUUGUUUAUGUAUCAUCGUCUUCCAUUUUUAAUUCAGCAAAGAAGACUCUAAUACCUCUGACCGUGACAAUUUUUGGCGAAAACUGCUUUAGAAAGGUACAGAGAAAAGUGUCUUGGGAUGCUCCAGUCGGAACGCGUGUGCUUCGAUUGAAAGACUUCAUACGCUUAGAAGAUCCUGCGUCGCUAAGGCUUAGAAAUACGCCGUGGAGAAAGUAUUUCAGAUUGGGCGCCAAAUCCGAUUAUUUGGUGCUUCGAAAAUCUUUACUUGGACUUAAAGAAAACACUCUGAGAGUGGAGUUGGCAUUUCCGGUUGGUUCUAAGAAUGCGAGUGGAAAUAAACAAGUUCUUGUUGCGCGACUUGAGAUGUUUAUUGAUAAAAACGCAAACAGUUUUGCUAAUAAGGUACGCCGAUUUCGCCGUCGAAUACGAAAAACAGCUCCUCGUUUCUCCAGCUCUCAGUUAAUUGCUAACAUUAGAGAAAAUGAUCCCGCAGGAACAAGCGUUACUACGAUUCAAGCACAAGAUACAAACCACGGCAACGCUGGGAGAAUUAAAUACUCAAUGGAAGCGUCCCAGAAUUUACUCAGUCAGUCGUUCUUUCGGAUCGAUCCUUACACGGGAUUGAUAAAAAGUACAGGCCCUUUAGAUCGCGAAAAGAUGCCCACCCACUAUUUUCGUGUCAAGGCCGAAUACGAGCAGGACAGAUCACUCUAUGCUGAAGCAGGUCUGACCAUUUAGGUCGAUGAUGUAAACGACAACUCGCCCAAGUUCGAAUCAUCCUCGUACAGCAAAGUCAUACCAGAGGAUACUUAUAUCGGAGACACGGUCCUUGAUGUGCGAGCACGCGAUUUAGAUACAGGUUCCAAUGCAGACAUCCGCUACAGCAUCAUUAAUAAUAGUGGUGUUAACAGCGCAUUUGCAAUUGGACAAAGUAGUGGAUCGAUAACUAUAGACAAACAUCUGGAUCGAGAAACUGUCCAGCAAUAUUCUCUUACUGUCCAGGCAAGGGAUGGCGCAUCCCCUCCCAAGACAGGCCAGGCCACAGUGCGGAUAACUGUUACUGAUGUCAAUGACUGCGUUCCUCAGUUUUCAAAGAGAGAAUACUCCAAAGAGAUUCCAGAAAACAUCAAAACAGGGGAGCUAGUUUUGACUGUAAGUGCAUCAGAUAAAGACUUUGGCACCAAUGGUGAAGUCAUCUACAGUUUCAGUAGUGGUAAUGACCAGGAACUUUUUUCUAUCAAUCGUCUUAAUGGUCAGAUCAAAGUGAACAAGGAACUUGAUUAUGAGUACAAUCCAUUGCAUACACUUUUUGUGAUUGCUCAAGACAAAGGUGAAUCACCAAAUUACAAUGAAACCUCAGUGGAGAUAUAUCUCACUGACGUAAAUGACAAUGCACCUCAGUUUUCAAAUUCUGAUUUUCAAGAAAUGGUCUCAGAACGUGAAAGUGUGGGACACACCUUUACACGAGUCACUGCAUAUGACGAAGAUGAUGGUACAAACCGAGAGAUCAUUUACAACAUAGUGGAACCCAAUUUACCAUUCGGCAUUAACAGCCAAACUGGGGACUUGUACCUUACCAGGAAAUUAGACAGAGAGACAGUGAAUCAAUAUGUAUUUCAUGUUAAGGCUGAGGAUAAAGGCCAGCCUCCCAUGAGCAGCCAAACUAAAGUAACUGUCAAUGUGGGAGACAUUAAUGACAAUCCUCCAAGAUUUUCAAAAUCAGUUUAUUUUGGAGAUGUGGAGGAGAAUGCUCGAUUUGGGACAACCGUUCUUCAGGUGACAGCCACUGACCCUGACCUUGGGCAGGCUACCAUCUUUUACAGUCUUCAGAUGUCUAAUCCUAGCCAAGGACGGUGUUUUCGAAUUUCUGGCAAUGGUGUGAUAACAUUAUCAUGUAGACUGGACUUCAGCAAGGCUAGAUUCUACUCUUUAACUGUAAAAGCUAGAGAUAGUCGUUUGGAAAGCUCUGCAGAUGUGCGCAUUAACGUAACUGAUUCUAACACUCACAAGCCUGUUUUCCAACAACGCAUUUACCGACAAAGGAUUAGUGAAGCUACUGCAGUUGAUGGAAGGGUUCUUGUUGUCAAGGCAACUGAUAAUGACCAGGGAUUGAAUGCCAAACUGACAUAUGCAAUUGAACAAUCUCUGCCAGAAUUUAAAAUCAAUUCUAAAACUGGUGAGAUAACUGUAUCACACCCAUUAGAUCGCGAAACAACGUCACAGUACAGGUUUGAAGUAAGUGCAACAGACCAUGGUAAUCCACCAUUUAAAGGAACUGCGAAUGUGCAUAUAACAGUAACAGAUGUAAAUGACAACAAACCAAGAUUUUUACAAUCCAACUAUGGAAAAUCCAUUCUGGAAAAUGUACGGCCUGGAACACGAGUUUUGGAAGUCUCUGCAGUUGAUGAUGAUGAAGGUUCAAAUAAAGCCAUCGUCUACUUAUUUGCUAAAAACGGCGAUGGAGGUGGAGCUUUUCAAAUUGACAGCAAUCAGGGAGUCAUCAGAACUUUGCUGCCACUUGAUCGUGAAACAACUCCAGAAUAUGAACUAACUGUGGUUGCUGCCGACAAAGGCAGACCAGCAAUGAAAUCCUCUGUGAAAGUCAAGAUAACGCUGGAAGAUGUUCGUGAUAGUAAACCAAAAUUUGAAAAGGAUCCAUACAUAGUGUUUCUUGAUGAAGAUGCAAGAAUACGUUCUAAAGUGGUCACUGUUAAAGCAGUGUCCCAAGACCUUGUUGAAGGUGGUGAGAUUUUUUACAGCAUUGUGUCUGGCAAUGAUCCAUUAACAUUUGUUAUUCAGAGAAAUGGUGUGAUUCAGACCAAGACAUUGCUAGAUUAUGAAACAAAACCCGAGUACAUUCUGAAAGUGCGAGCAACAUCAUCGCCAUUCUUUGUUGAAACAAUUGUCAAUAUAACACUGAGAGAUGUAAAUGAUAACUCACCUGUACUUCAGGAUUUCUUUGUGGUCGUUAAUGUUCGAGAUGAAAGCUCUACCACGCUGCCAAAGUUUAAAAUUCCUGCAUACGACCCUGAUGUUUCUGAUCGUCUUACCUAUGAAAUCAGCUAAAUAUCCCAAGGGGACUGGGACAUGUCUUUGAACAGAACAACAGGUUAUCUAGCACUCAAUCCCAAAGUGUUAGUCAACACAUUACUUCGGCCUGUCCAACUGAUGGUGAGAGUUUCUGAUGGAAAGAAUAGCCUUCCUGCCAAUGGUAAAAUUUUUGCAACAUUGAUAACACCUCAAAUGCUGAACAACAGCUUUAACCUGGACGUGCAUGAUGUUACUAUCGAAGAAUUCUUUGAUAAAUCCUAUGAGGGUCUUGUGAAAGGCAUUGCUUCUGCUGUAAAAUGUGAGGAUUACCAGGUCAGAUUGUUUAAUAUAAAAUCAGAAAUAAUCAAAGCAAAGACACUGGUUGAGGAUGAUAUUUCUAAUCUCAGGCUAUGGGUGGCUGUUUAUAAAAAUGAUCGCUUUAGCUUUUACAAUCCUCAGUAUGUUAGAGACAUGGUGUACAUAAAGAUGGCACAGAUUUCCAAAAUGGCAAAAGUCACGCUCCUUCCUUUCAAAGAUGGCUUAUGUGUCACAGAAAUGUGCAACGGCCCCUUACCAACAUCCAGAAGGAGCUGCCUUUCACACACCGACUACACCGACAAAUCCAGCACCUACAGCUCAUUAAAGGUAGUUUUCCAUUCAGUUGGAGUGCAAACUGGUUACAGAUGCCCCUGUGCUCCUGACUAUCGAGGGGAAGAUUGUGACACAGGUUUUAACUUGUGCUACUCCAAUCCUUGUAGAAACAAUGGGAAGUGUGUGAGUGUAGAAGAAGGCUACUCUUGUAUAUGCAAUCCAGGAAGAACUGGUGUGAACUGUGAAAUUGACCUAUCAAAGAGCAAGUGUCCUACCGACUCAAAAGUGACAGAAAAUCAUCUGAAGGCAAAUCCAUGCCAUAAUGAUGGUGGUUGUAAAAGUCUUCCGAGUAGUGGAUUCACCUGUCAGUGCAAAGAUCCCAAUGAAGUUGAUGAUGGAUCACUGUGCCAACUGUCAACGCGUAGUUUUAAAAAAGGAUCAUUUAUUGCCUUUCCUGCAUUGAAACAAAGAUGGCGUUUACACAUACAGAUGGAGUUUGCCACCACUGAGCACAGUGGCCUUUUGCUCUUCAAUGGACGGUAUGAUGGAAAACAUGACUUUAUUGCUGUGGAAGUGUGGCAAGGACAAGUUCAGUUUCGGUUCUCGCUGUUUUCCCGCAUUGUCACUGUUACGUCAAAUAUGAAUGGCGGUGUCAUUGAUGGCAAUUGGCAUAAAGUUGAAGUGGCAUUCCAGAACAGGACUGGCAUUAUCAUUGUUGAUGACUGUAAACUCGCAGUGGCUGUCAAUUUUGGGACAAAAGCAGCCUCGUUCCCAUGUGCUGCAGCAAAGCAGCUUCAAAUUAAGGAUGGAUCUGAACCUUACAGCUCCUUGGAUCUGACAGGUCCUCUGCUUCUCGGUGGGCUCUUGCAGCUACCAGUUCAGUUCCCAGUCCUCUACAGACAUUUUACUGGCUGCAUCAGAAAUGUUUUCAUUGAUCACAAGUUCUUGGAUCUCGCUCAGCCAUUGUACAAGAACGGAACUAGCGCUAAAUGUAAAGCAAUGGCAAAUACGUGCGCUUACAAACCUUGCGAGCGAGGCAAGUGUUUUAACAUCCUUGGUUCUCGCCGGUGUGAAUGCCCCUCUGGUUUUGAUGGAAGUAGCUGUGAAACAGGUGUGAAAUACACUGAGAGAUUUUUAGGACAGAGUUUUAAGAAGGUGCCUGCCAACUCAAAGGUCAGUCUUCCAUGGAGUAUUUCGAUGAGAUUCCGCACAGCCAAGCCUUCAGGGACUUUGCUUGAAACCUCGUUUUCGUCGUCAUCUUCGGUAUUAGAGUUGGUUGAUGGUAAACUGUCAUACAACUAUGAUAAAGGUGUUCUUCGACUACCUCACAUAGCGGCGAAUGAUACUCAAUGGCAUCACAUUGACAUCCUCUGGACUGACUCUUCCCUUAACAUAACAGUGGACUAUAUCUACAAAGUUUCUGCAGACGCAUCUAGUGGUAAAGCCCUUGGUGCUGUCAAACAGUUUUUCAUUGGCGCUAGGAAAAAUUCUACCAAAUCUGUAGUGUUUGGUGGAUUUAGAGGCUGUAUACAAGGGAUUUCUGUUGGAAGCACUGAAAUCAACAUGAACUCUGGAGAUAAUCACAACACAAUAUCUGGUUGUGAAGAGAAAAUGGGAAGCCAUUGUGUAUCGAACUCUUGUCCAAACAACAGCACGUGCCGUGAAGAAUUUGACUCGUACAAGUGCAUAUGUCCUGUUGGUUACGUCGGCAAACUCUGCGUGCGCAUAUGUUCUCUCAAGCCGUGCCGACAUGGUAAAUGUGAGAGUGUAGACUCUAAGAAGGGAUUUCGAUGUGUUUGUCCUCAACAGUACACUGGUGAAUUUUGUGAAGUUCGUAUGGAGUUACCAUGUCCUGAUAAGUACUUUGGUGCGUCAAGCAUUGGAGUCUGUGGUCCGUGUAAAUGCGAAGUUGGCAUGAAUCUGAGUCCAGUUUGUGACAAGUCUACAGGAGAGUGCUUCUGUAAUGCAAAACACUAUCGAAAGAUUGUAAGCUACACAUUCUCUGGGGCCCCUGUGUUUAGUGAUGGCUGUUUUAGAUGUGAUUGUGCUGAGAUUGGUAGUACAGGGGAACAGUGUGCUACAGAGAAUGGCCAGUGCCCUUGUCUUAAAGGCCGCAGGGGAGGGAAGGAUGUGGUCGGAAGGCGUUGUAAUCAGUGCGAAGACAAACAGGGACAGAUUGUGAGCGGUAGAGGCUGCGUGGGAACAGCAACUCGAUUUUGUCACAAGGAUGAUGGCUGGCAGAAACCAAGUUUACUUGAUUGUGUGUCCAACUCAUUCUUUCUUUUGCAGCAAAAGUUAGCAAACUUGACGUCUGGUAACGUUGACUGGAAUCCAGAUUUCGCCCUUGCUAUAGGACAGCAGUUAGAUCUUGCCAUCACUUUAUCCCCUCGAUUGUACGCCAAAGACAUAGAAAUUGCGCAGAGGAUCAUCACGACUCUGUUUGGGUACGAGAGCCAGCAAAACUCCAGCACGCUUGUUUCAGCCAAGACUAAGGAGUUUGCGAAGAUCCUUCUUCAAUCAGCUAGCACGCUGUUUAGCUCCGAUAACAAGGAUGUCUGGGGCGUCGUUCAACAGAAAUCCGCAGGGACAGCAGCUCUGUUACAACAGAUGGAGAACUUCAGCGGCAACUUAGCCAGAAGUCUGCCGUACUUAAAACGAGACUCGCAUAGAUACAGGCGUUCUACUGAAAGCAUUUUGCCGCCAUACACGAUUCUUACUCCCAAUAUUGUAUUGGAACUUCAUCCAGUUUAUGUCAAAGGAUUCUCUGGAUUAUCGUACCCCGCGAGAGCUGACCUUUACAGCGACGCUCCUUACAAAAUCUGGCGGAAUAUAUCUAAUAGAAUUGAUCUUCCUAAAGCUUUCUUUCGCGGCAAAGAUGUGGAUGAAAACUUGGGAGUUGCUUUCAUGAUCGUCAGAAAUAUUGGAGAUUUAUUGCCCAAGGCGUUUGACGCGAAGAUUCGAGACACGCGCGGUGGUGGAUGGUCACGUUCCGGGUGUAAAAAAGAUACUUCUUCUAACAUAACCCACACAGUUUGCUCUUGCACCCACCUGACAGCUUUUGCAGUCUUGUCAGACUUGAAUCUUCAGUAUCCCGAGCAAGCAGCCUUUGCCAUGCGUUUAGUGACGUACAUUGGUAUAUCAGUGUCACUGGUCUUGUUACUUACAGCCUUUAUAUCAUUCUUUUGUUUACGCAAACUGAAGAGCAACUCGAUAACAAUCCAUAAGUGCCUUAUUUUAGCGGUCUUCGUCGCUGAGCUGACGUUCCUUUUGGGAAUCAAUAGAACAGCGGAUCAGAGAUUGUGUCAGUUGAUCGCCAUAGUGCUGCAUUAUUUCUUCAGCGCUUCUUUUUCGUGGAUGUUCGUCGAAGGUCUGCACAUGUAUCGCAGGCUCAAGGAAAAGAGGAAUAUAGACACUGGAAAAAUGUCUUUCUAUUUCUUUAUGGGGUGGGGAUGUCCUGCUAUUGUGGUUGGGAUUUCCGCUGGCCUGGCGAACGAGGGCUAUGGGAACCAGCGAUUCUGUUGGAUGUCGACAGAUGGAACACUUAUUUGGACCUUUACGAUCCCGAUCAUUAUCAUUGUCGCACUCAACACACUCGUCUUUAUCAUGGCGUUGUUCAUGUCACUUAAAAAACAAUCAAGAAAGAGACGACGUCGCCAUCACCACCAUCACCAUGACGACGACGAACAGUCUAACUUAACUGCCGGAUUACGAGCUACAGCCGGUCUCCUUCCCCUGAUAGGAGUUUCUUUCGCCUUCGCCAUUUUGAUGGUCAAUGAAGAUUUAGAAACUUUCCACUACGUCUUUGCUGCCUUCACGUUCUGCCAGGGCCUGUUUAUACUAGUGUUUUAUCUUAUACUGGACAAGACGGUUCGCAAGGAGUUCAAGAAUGUAUACAUGCGCUGGAAGACUAAGGACAAGACAUACGGGAUACAGAAACCCACGCAACAUUUUAAACGCUCCUUUCACCCUGGCGAGACAGCUCCUCUCCGUUCCCCAUACGAUUUUGACGACGAAGGAAACGCUACCAGCACGUCUACAACCGAACCAUCCAGCAGCGGUUUCCGUAGCAGCGUAACGAGUCAGUUUACCACGGACAACAGUGUCACAGAUACCAUAGGGGAUGAAGACACCAGCGUACCAGAGCGAGCCAGGAAAAUAUGGGAACAGACGGAUAAAUCAGAGGUCAGCACCACCCAACCAGAGUCAUCUUCCGAAGACGAAGAGGAGCGGCCUUCCUCGCUUGGUCUCCCGUCUGAUUCCUCCGAAUCCGAAGAUGAUCUAGUUCCGAGUGAGAACGGGUGGCCGAAGGAUAAAACUCCAAAGAAGAAACGUCGAAAAGCUCCUUUCUACGCUUCGGAUGGACCCAUGCAUAGCACACCGAUGGAAACGACACCCGAAGAAGAGCCGUUAAGAGAACCUGAAUCGGAAUCUUCCGACACCGGUGACGAAGAGUUACCGACAAUGGAUCGUAAGAAGGAUCGUCAUUCGUUCAAAGCCGUCCCCGAGAUUAUACAGGACAAGGGGGUGUCAGGUUCGGCGGCCACUUCCGAUACGACUCCAUCUGUGGACAGCAGCUUGAGAAAGAAGCCUCUGAAGUCAGCUCUCAAGAAACCUAAGAAUCCUGUUCCUAUUCCUGUUAUGGAAGAGCUUAAUGAUGACGGUGACGAUGACGAUGAUAAGUCACUCAGCACUGAUCGACAUUAUCAUCAUCAUCAUCAUCACCACAAGGACAAACAUCGACACCGCCGAGACAGACCACGGUCCCGUGCGAGCUCCGCGUCUAGCGAUCAGAAGGAGAAAAAACGCAGAUUUAGAAAGAAAGGUUCCAAGAAGAAGGAGACGUUAGUACAGCUUGAUGGAGAGGAAUACCGAGUGCAAGCUGGCGACCAGUCAGUGUUUCAAGAUUCCCAAGUCUAAGGAAUUAUCUGGGUUCGACAACUAGACAAAACACAUGCAGAACGUAACAAAAGUUUGGUACUCUUGAAUUCAACAAGCUUUUGUUUAGCCAGAGUGAUAAGCCUUUUGUAUUUAAGAUUUCAAAACUUACCUCGAAAAUGGUUUGUUUUACUAGCCGUAAGUGAACAUUCAUUUCGUAAAUCCGACAUGCUUUACCCAAGAUUAAAAAAAUCCUUUUUUUUUUCUUGAGAAGCAAUUUAGUUUGCUCCUCUUUUUUAUCUGGUUUGUAAAACCUUUAAUAUUGUACAUAUGUUCUUACCUAUAUUUAGCGCAGAUUUCUCAACCUUUUUUAAAAUGAAUUUUAGAAGCAGGUUUUUCUUACAAACCGCUUGUAAGCUUUUUAGACCAGCUGGGAAAAAUAUUUUUAUCAAAGCUCGACAUGAUUGCAGUAUUUUCGUACCGUGAAAUUUUAAUUAGAUAUCUCAAAGUUUCAAAUUGCAAAUGGAAUAUAAUUUAUUACUACUGUUGUUACACUCAUUUGCUUGGAAAGGAAAAAAAAAAUUCGUAUUUUAGCUAAGGUUUUAACUACGGCGAAAGUGGAGGUGAGUUCUCCGAAUAAACAUUCUUAGUUUACAUGUGAGCGCUUUGAAAAUGCCUAAAAAUAUACACGCCGAUAACAAAUUUCCUAGCUUGUUUAGCUUAAGAUUUGUUGUAGCCAAUUCUAAAUUGAACUUUCAGUACGUAAUGAAAUCAAAACACCCGAGCAUAGACAAUAGCAAGACUCCAUUUGAUCUUUUGCGAAGGUGUCCGAUGAGUUAUUUAUUUUACUUCCAGUGUGUUUGGUUUCAAAGCAAUUUCUAAAAAGAGAAAUUACUUCUUAUGUACAUUUUUUUUACCUCGAAGCAAUUUCUAAAAAGUAGAAAUUACUUCUUAUGUACAUUUUUUUCGUUUCAAAGCAAUUUCUUUAAAGAGAAUUACUUCUUAUGUACAUUUUUUGCUGAUGGAACGUGUGAAUAAAAUAAAAAAUGCAUGUCGAUUUGA